GUAACACAGUAAUGUGAAUUUUGAUAAUAAACAAAAAACUUUUUCAGUUUGCUGUUGCUCGAAAUUCGUUCUCCAAAAACAUUUGAGUAUUCGUCUUGAUCUAUUUGUCCGUCCACAAAUUAAUUUUGUAAGCAGUGUUAGUGGAAACAAAACGGUAUUAAUCGUUGGAGAACUUUCAGUCAGUACUAUCGGUUCAUUAUAUUUGCCAGUAGGCAGUUUUGUCGUAAAUCCAGAAUAUACAAUGGAAGAAAGCAUGGUGAAAGUCGCCGCAAUUCCAGACGACAGUUAUAAACCUAAGGUCAGAAUUACACCAACUGGAAGUUUGUUUCUACUAGGUACUUGGAGACGAAUUGCAUUAAUGUCCAAGUCCCUUUCGCUGCUUAUUUGCCUAAUUCAUCCAUCGUUAUUGGAGGAGCUAAUGAUAGCGUUGAAAAGAUAUCAGUUUUCACUGUAAGUAACGUGCAACUAUUGCUCGGAUCCAACUUGAUGGCCCUACUCAAUGAACAGUUUAAAAUAGUGUUCAAAUCUACAUAUUUCAAGGGACAGCAGGAUACAUUAGAAAUACAACUGGGUAAUGUUGUGAAUCCAGGUUAUGCCAUACAGUCAAAUUCAUCUGCUAUUGAAGAUAAUGACAUACAGGUCACUGCGUCGGUACGCGUGGCUGACAGUAAAAUAAGUGAAAAUGGGACGAAUGUCUCUCUCCCUAUUCGCGUAAAAUUUGGUAGCCAAGAAGUCACUGAUAAGAUGGAUGGUAAAGUGUUCAGAGAUGGAAACGAAACCCUCAAUUUACUGAUGAAUGUUGUAAAUGUAGACCAGAAUGUGAGCGGCUUGAUAUAUUCUCCCGGUGAUGUCAUAAAUCUUAACACUGAGAUUCGAAUGCUGAGUACUUCAAGAGUAGAAUGUUCAAAAGUAAUACUGAAUAUCUACCAUAGUAUGAUUAUCAAGUCGGCAGAGAUUUGGAACUCGUCCUCACCAGAUUCUGUACAGUUUAUACGAAACAAAAAUGUCAGCGGUAAAGGAGUGACUCGUUUUGAGGCACCAGGCUUCUUUUUUGAAAAUAGUAUAACUCUAUACUUACAACUGGUUUUAAAUGAAAUUAUUACAUUCCCAAAUGAUAAAACAGAGGAGAAUCUAACUUUGAUAGUUGAACUUGUUUGUCCUACCAACAGUCGCAACCCGAUUUCAAAAGAUACUUGUAACGUUUCGUCAGUGAAAAGAAUUAUGAAAGCUGUUGUCAUUAAAGUAAGAAAAAUGCAGGGUGUAGCAAAUCAAGUUUGUCAAGAAGAUUUGGGACUCUCAAAUAGUCAGGUCAUUCAGCCAUGUCAGAUAUCUUCAUUUAUAUCACCGUAUCCUGGAUAUGACCAGGAAAAUAUUAGAUCCAGUUCAGUGUUCGGAUGGAAACCAUUUGUUCGUCCAGGACCUUAUAAAUCCUUACGCUACCUAACUAUUUUAUUCGGUAGACAGACAAAUAUUAGUCGAGUCAAUCUUAAUUUGAUUAUUAGUACAAACAAAAUUAAUAAACUUAUUAUAAUGGGAACUAACGACGGAAAAUCCUUUGCCAGUUUUAAAGUGGUAGAGGUUUCGUACAAAAAUGCAAGCUCUGGUAGCAUACUUCUUAAUCCUUAUUUUGUUGCAAGAGGUAUCCGACUGGCUGUCAGCGAAACAGAAAAUGAAGUCAGUGACGUCGCUUUUACACUUGAUAUCUAUGGAUGUAGACUAACUUUGGAUUCAAAAACGUUUGAUCCAUGCAGUAUUCAUGAUCCAUACAACAGUGCAUCAAGAGACAGUGUACGCAGUUACCUUCGUGUUAACGAUUACCUUUUCUACUGCGAUCUAUUUCCUACUGGAUCACGAUGCUUUGUGACAUAUGGAAGUGCUAAUAUGAAGUGGACCGACUUGGGACCACAUAUAACUAAAAUUCUGACUUUUAUAAGUCCAAGAAAUAUUAUAUUCGCUCAAGGUCAGGGUUACAACAACUUUCUAUUCAGUACUGAUUACGGGAAGAAAUGGAGUUCAACCAAUUUAUUUACAUACAUCAAACUAACCAGGGAAGCAACUUCCUACAUUAAUUCAACCAUAGUACCCUGGAUUGUGACUGCUGGAAAGUUUGAUCAAAAUAUUACGGGCACGUCCUGUCAGUUUUAUCAACAAGGUUCAUUUCAAUUUUGCUUCAGUGGUAUUUACAGCAUGAGCAAAAUGGUCACUAAUUGGAACCGAGUUUGCCCGCUUUUCUCUUAAUAUGCAAAUUGAAUGGAACAUGAAUUGAAUUAAUACUUCUACUUCUGCAUACAUCCUCUUAAUUAUUGUUGUUUGGUUCAACGAUGUUUUAACGAAUAAUCUUUUCUUCUUUCACACAAUAACUGUUUUACCUUAAGAACAGUGCAUGUUUUGAAUAAAUUUUAAUCAGAGCAAAAUGAUAUUUAUAAACUUUUGAGAGCCUUUAUUGUUCCAAGUAAAAGAUUACAUAAUUGUUUCAUCC